GACGUCACACCACCUAAAUCUCCUUACUGAUGAUCAUUGAGAGCCCAUCUCGGGGUUGUUAGUGUAAACAAUCCAUCAAAAUCGCUAUCAUCGGGAGUUUGAAUACUGUAAACGCAAGUAGACCCUUGACACAGAAGUUGUUGGUCCGCGGCUUCCAAAAUGCAGCAGCAGCCCCGCCGAGAGGAACAGCAGCCUUGGGCGGAGUUGUUGACAACACUGGACUCUACUCCUGCCCCACCCCCCAGUUCACAGGAGAGUGGGGCCAGUAGGGACUUCUCUGAUCUAAGAAAACAGCAGCAGCAGGGUGUGUCUAUCAUCUACAGUCAUAUCGCUUCAAGGAGAGACAAAGAGAAAGCUGAAGGAGGAAGUGGGGGACCAGCCAGUGCAGAGGAGGGCCAAUUUCCACCCAGGGCAGUGUACCCUGUGGAACCCAUGCAUAGGUCUCCUGCUGCCUCUGUACAGAUGAAUGCUGAGCCUAGACAACAAGGACAAAAUCUGCAGGGUGCUAACAUGCAGUAUCCUGUGCAGAAUUAUCCUGUCAACCAGCAGGGUGGCCAGACCAGCAGUAUCCCACCCCCUACCCAUCCCGGGGGCCAGGCCCAGGCACACCACCAGCAGCAGGUCCAUCAGGCACAGGCACAUGCCCAGGUACAGAAAGCUGCCGAGUCCAACAUACUGGCCCAUGUUGCCCAAGUCCAGGGUCAGCAGCAACAGCAGCAGUUCCAGCGACUGAAGGUGGAGGAUGCCCUCUCUUACCUGGACCAAGUGAAGCUGCAGUUUGGGAACCAGCCACAGGUUUACAAUGACUUCCUGGAUAUCAUGAAAGAGUUCAAGUCUCAGACCAUUGACACCCCAGGUGUUAUCAACAGGGUGUCCAACCUGUUUAGGGGUCACCCUGACCUGAUUGUUGGCUUUAACACUUUCCUUCCCCCGGGGUACAAGAUUGAGGUACAAGCUAAUGAGACCAUCAGCGUACAACAACCUGGGCAGAUAACGACCACACUAUGUACAUCACUUACACAAAGAGUUCAGUCAGAAGCGCCGGUCAAUGUUCCUAGCAGCCAGAGCCUGACUAGUAGUGCCUCUCACCACUCCUACCACCAGGCAUCGCGCCCCAGUCAGGAAGUGAACCCCUCUCCUCAGCAUAUUGCGCCAUCUACACCCCAGGCCACACAACCAGUAGAGUUCAAUCACGCUAUCAACUAUGUGAAUAAGAUCAAAAAUCGCUUCCAGAACCAGCCUGAAAUUUACAAAGCUUUCUUGGAGAUACUUCAUACUUACCAGAAAGAGCAAAGGAAUCUCAAGGAGGGUCUGUGCCCCCCGGGUUAUAAGCCUCUAACAGAAGGAGAGGUGUAUGCGCAGGUGGCAAAACUGUUCCAGAAUCAGGAAGACCUGCUGUCUGAGUUUGGACAGUUUCUUCCUGAUGCCAACAGCUCAGCAGCCUCCAACUUCAGUUGGUUCCUGAAUACUAAAGCUGACCUUGGUGUGCGCAAUGACCAUUCAUCCACUGUGAAGAAGCCAGGAUUCGGAAAAGCUAACAACAAGAGUGGUAGUCAUAUCAGAAGACCUUCCUCUGGGCAGCAGCCACCUUCCAAGAAAGCUAAGACUGGAAUCUUCAAGGAUAUUACACUUGCAGAAGCAGGAAAAUAUGGAACACUGAACGAAUAUGCCUUUUUUGAUAAAGUGCGUAAAGCUUUGAGAAACCAGGAAGUCUAUGAGAACUUCCUUCGUUGCCUAGUGCUUUUCAACCAAGAAGUGAUCUCACGCACAGAGCUGGUCCAGUUAGUUCAGCCUUUUUUGGGUAAAUUUCCAGAGCUGUUCAAGUGGUUUAAAGAUUUCCUGGGUUACAAGGAGGGAGGAAUGAUAGAGCCUGUCCCCAGCUCGGCCUCUCACAAGGAAAGAAUUACUGGGGAUUUGGCCAUGGAGAUAGACUAUGCAUCAUGUAAACGGUAUGGUGCCAGCUACAGAGCUCUUCCUAAGACUUACCAGCAACCAAAGUGUUCAGGAAGAACAGCACUGUGCAAAGAGGUGCUCAAUGAUACCUGGGUGUCAUUUCCCUCCUGGUCCGAGGACUCCACUUUUGUCACAUCGCGAAAGACCCAGUACGAAGAGCACAUCUACAGAUGUGAAGAUGAAAGAUUUGAGCUUGAUGUGGUGAUAGAGUCCAACCUUUCCUCCAUCAAAGUACUGGAAGCUGUACAGAAGAAAAUGUCCCGUAUGUCCUCUGAGGAGGCAGCCAAGUUCCGCUUAGAUAAUUGUCUUGGAGGCAAUUCUGAGACCAUCCACAGGAAAGCUAUACAGAGAAUAUAUGGUGACAAAUCUGCUGAUAUCAUUGAUGGAUUGAAGAAAAAUCCUGUGGUAGCUGUGCCCCUGGUUCUUAGAAGAUUAAAAGCAAAAGAUGAAGAGUGGCGAGAAGCACAGAAAUCAUUCAAUAAGAUCUGGCGAGAACAGAAUGAAAAGUAUUACCUGAAAUCUCUGGAUCACCAGGGCAUCAACUUUAAGCAAAAUGAUGUCAAAGCUAUCAGGUCCAAAGCCCUUCUAAACGAGGUGGAAGCCAUCUUUGAUGAGCGCCAAGAUUCAGAUAUCACCAAACCCAUGCUUUCCUUCAUAUACAAGGAGAAAGCAGUAUUAGACGAUGCUACUUCACUAAUAAUACACCACAUGAAAAGGCAGACAAGUAUUCACAAGGAGGACAAGCAGAAGAUCAAGCAGCUGCUGUACCAUUUCAUUCCAGACUUGUUCUUCACUCCUAGAGGAGAGCUGAGUGAUGAUGAAGGGGACAAAGAGGAGGAUAUGGAUACUGAUGAGACUGAGAACAAGGGGGACAAAAAAGAUCAGGAGGUGAAGAAAGAUACCAAGGUUAUAGAAGACAAGGUCAAUGGCACAGCCACGCCUAGCAGCAAGAGACUUAUGAUGAAUGGUGACUGUGAUGAUAACACAUCUGAUGACCACUGCAAUGUUUUCUUUGUAAACAACAACUGGUACCUGUUCUUCCGGCUGCACCAGCUGCUGUGUGAGAGGUUGGGGAAGAUUUAUGGACAUGCACUCCAGAUUAUAGAGGAGGAGGCCAAAUGUAAACAUGACAGGAAAGAAUCUACAGCAGUGGCUCUCAGGUUAAAGGCGCCAAGUGAGGUGGCUCCUGAAGACUAUUAUCCACAUUUCCUGGAGAUGAUAAAGAACCUGUUGGAUGGCAACAUGGAGUCAAGUCAGUUUGAGGACACAUUGAGAGAGAUGUUUGGCAUCCAUGCUUACACUGCCUUUACCACUGAUAAGCUGGUGCAGAAUAUUGUCAGACAGCUGCAACACAUUGUUGGAGAUGACAUCUGUAUCCAGGUAACAGAUAUGUUUCUACAAGAAAAGCAGAAUGGCGUAACUUGUGGUUCUGUUAGUAUGCAGCAGCAGCGAAUGGCAGCUGAAGCAGCAUAUCAGAAGAAAGUGGAACAAAUUUUAAGUGAUGAAAAUUGUUUUAAAACCACUGUGUACAAGAACGAGUGCAGGCUCACUGUAGAUCUCCUGGACACAGAGACGGAGAAUUCAGAUGACCCAGUGGAGGUGGAGAAAUGGUCCGAGUAUGUAGAGAAAUAUGUGACCAGUGAUGACAUCUCUGACGAACUCAAGGAACAACUGGCAAAGAAACCUGUCUUCCUUCCUAGGAAUAUCCGACAAUGGCGGCAACAGAGCAAAAGCCAGCAGAACCGAGAGUCUGGGGGAGAGCCUGGGUCUGACCUCACAGCCUUGGCUGUCAAAAAGAGCAUGGAGGAAGACGUGGAUAUAAGAGACAACACUGAGUGCAAGUUUAAUGUUAAUUCCUUCAAGAUGGUGUAUGUGGUGAACAGCGAGAGCUACCUCUACAGGCGGAACGCCUUGAAGAAAGCCAAAGAGACACAUAGUAAAGUAUCUUUGAGGCUACACUCCAAAUUCUCCAAGUUUACUGGCAGGUGGCAAGAAGUCAAUGUAACCCCAGAGGCGGCAGCGUCAUCCAAUGACUGGCUGAUGGGAGAGGUGCCAGACAUGAAGCCCUGUAAAACAGUGAGACUGGACAAUAACAGUCUAGACAAAGCUCCUUAUUACCCCUAUAACAGAUACAGGGUAGAGUACAAGGAAGUGCCUAAAGCACCAGCUACAGAGUAGCACAAAGAUAGCCAUUGUUUUGAUGUGCCAGUGAAAGGAAAGACAGAGCUUGACAUGGUAUUGAGGGAUAAAGCACACUCAACAGACUGGUUGGUUUAGAAAUGUUUUCAUUCAUUAACGUAAACCUUGGAACAAACUACCUGAUAAAGAUUCAUUCAGAAUGAAGGAUUAGGUAAUUGUUAAUUCCAAUAGAUAAUUUGCUGAUUCAGGUAUCAAUAAGAUGAUAGUGAAUUUCUACCUACUUUUGGAGAUGAGAAUUCAAACAGGUUCAAGCCUUCAACUCUUUGUAACCUUUAUGGCAAUGCUAGCCUUUAUCUGGCCUGAAAUCAAAAAUUGCUUUAUUUAUUAGGAAGGUGCAUGUUUGUUGAAAGUGACUGACAUGCUUCUUUUUAACUCCUCAAUAUUUUCAAAGUUUUAAGUGUUCUCGACCAGAUUGAAUGCGACCAGAAAGCUGUUGAGACAGGGGUGAUGUUAAUUUUUUUAUUCUGUGAGGUCAGGGAACACUGUACAAAGAAUGCUGGCACUUGUGGAUAGGUCACUAGUGGUGUACAUAGUAGAGGAAGGAAUUGCAGUUUAAGUUGACUUCCUUGCUUCAUAAGAUGUAAAUAAAGGCAAGGAGGCACAGAAGCCUUUCAAAACCAAUAUGGUAAAAUUGCAAUAGAUUAUUAUUAUUAUGGAUAAUUCUCUGAUCUAAGGCAUACUUAGUAAAAUGUUUUUACUUAGUGAGUGAGAGUUUCACCAUCAAGUUGGUAAUCUCAUUGUUUUUGCAACAUCAUGUUCAUACUGUAUUUAUGCCUGCUUUUGUAAACUUGUUUUGUGUAAAGAAUUUACAUACUUUGCGAGAUCACUCUCCAAGGUGCAAGGUCUGCCCUUUUUCUGGAGAGAGUAGAGGCAUUUAUUUUUAUAGAGAAAAAAAUCUCUCCAAAAGUGGUUGAGGCACCAGAUUGUGGUCUUGUUAGUAAAAUCUGAUAUAGCAUAUGCAAAUAAAUGUUACCAAACUUCA